UAGACUAAAAUGUUCUUUUUCAAUUUGAAUGAAUUAUCAGAGAAAAAGUUCGUAAACACGAUAUAAUUAGAUAAAAUGAAAUGUUAUAUAUUUCAGUGCAUUUCGAAAAUUCGCGUGACAGUCAACAUGUUAGAGAUAUAAAUGAGCGAUCUACUACAGGAUGUAUGUUUUCAAAUAUAUCGAAUGCAUUCGGUCAUCGAGAACUGCUUCGAUCCUGAAGGAUCGAUCCUCAGUCGACGCGUGGCAACCGUGUCUACUCCAUGUGUUUUAUCACAAAAAUUUAUCCAACACUAAUGUCUCACAUCGAAGAUAGCAACUGAUAAGCUGUAAGCAAAUGCAUAUACAUGAGGUUAGUUUCGUGUAGAUAGUUCACAAAGCCAGUGGCUGGCAGCGGGAUUUCAUAAGUGUCAUCACGCGACAUGAGUGUAUCACGAUGAUGAGAAGAAAUGUUGUGAGCCUGAUAAAGUUCUUCCUUCUGGCGGUUCUCACCGUGUUCCUAACCGUCGUCAUAUUCCGCUAUGUACGAACAUCACCUAACCAUGAAAUCGUGACACCAGUUACCGUAUUGGUGGGCAUUGAAGGUGACAGUCAGAAAAAUUUCGUCGAUUCUAGGCAGAAUCUCAACCAUUUUUAUCAGGACUUGGAUGAAAAGAUAGACUGGCAUGAUUAUAAGACAAUUGAAGAAGACAGGAAAAGAACCGGUAUAGGUGAACAUGGAAAGCCAGCAUUUCUAUCACCAUCUCUCGAUGCAUUGAAGGAAAAGUUGUAUCAGGUAAAUGGUUUUAAUGCUGCGCUCAGCGAUGAGAUCUCAAUGAAUCGCUCAGUACCUGACAUUAGGCAUCCAGACUGUAAGAAAAAGAAAUAUUUAAGAAAUCUUGAUUCAGUUUCUGUGAUAGUUUCCUUCCAUAAUGAACAUUUUAGCACUCUAAUGCGAACUUGUUGGAGUGUGAUUAAUCGUUCACCAGCGUUUCUCCUCAAGGAAAUAAUAUUGGUAGAUGAUGCUAGUACCAAGGUAGAAUUGAAAAAGCCUUUAGAGGAUUAUAUAACCGAACACUUGACAAAAGUGAAAAUUGUAAGACUAGAGGAGCGUUCUGGUUUAAUUAAAGGUCGUUUAGCCGGAGCAAAGAUUGCAAAAGCAAAAGUACUUGUAUUUUUGGAUUCUCAUAGUGAAGCAAAUGUCAAUUGGUUACCACCAUUGCUGGAACCCAUUGCACAGGAUUACAAAACUUGUGUGUGUCCUUUUAUUGAUGUGAUAGCUUAUGAGACGUUCGAAUACAGAGCUCAAGAUGAGGGUGCAAGAGGAGCUUUUGACUGGGAAUUGUAUUACAAACGGUUGCCAUUGCUACCUGAAGAUCUUCAAAACCCAACAGAGCCAUUUAAAAGUCCAGUAAUGGCAGGUGGUCUGUUUGCCAUUAGUGCAAAAUUCUUUUGGGAACUAGGUGGAUAUGAUCCAGAAUUAGAUAUAUGGGGAGGUGAACAGUAUGAGCUAUCGUUUAAGAUAUGGCAAUGUGGAGGUCAAAUGUACGAUGCCCCUUGUUCAAGAGUAGGUCAUAUUUAUAGAAAGUUCCCACCUUUCCCUAAUCCAGGAAAGGGAGACUUUUUGGGAAAGAAUUAUAAGAGAGUAGCAGAAGUAUGGAUGGAUGAAUAUGCAGAAUAUAUCUAUACAAGACGUCCGCAUUUGAGGUCGUUGAAUCCUGGAAACUUAAAAGAGCAAAGAGAUUUGAGAGCUAGAUUACAUUGUAAACCAUUCAAAUGGUUUAUGGAAAACAUAGCUUUCGAUCUUGUCGAUGUGUACCCUCCUGUCGAGCCUGACGACUUUGCAUCUGGAGAAAUUCGUAACAUGGGUGUGCCAGAACUGUGCCUAGACUCAAAAAAGCGAAAAAAGGACGAACUUGUUGUAGUUGAUACCUGCAUAAAGGAUAAUCCCAAAAUUAUAGGAGAACAAGAAUUCAAACUAACUUGGCAUAAAGACAUUAGGCCAAAGGAUCGUACAGAAUGUUUGGAUGUUUCUAGAGGAGGUGCAAAGGCUCCAGUCACUUUGUAUCCUUGCCAUGGAGGCCAAGGAAAUCAAUUAUGGCGUUACAACGUUGAAAAACAAUGGCUGAUGCACGGUUAUACGUCGAGGUGCUUGGACACAGAUCCAGCAAGCAAAAAAGUCUUUGCAGCGAAAUGUGAUUCGUCUUCUGCUACACAAAAGUGGAGAAUCGAGAAAGUAAAUAUGAAAGCUAUUAAUAACUGGGAUAACGUGGGACCCAAACGACAUUAAUUCCUCUGCCUUUUAUUGCCGUAACUUUCUUAGUCUCUAAACGUCUGAUGUUUAAUUAUAUGUAUAUGUAUAUAAACUUAUGUUCCAUUUUUAUUAACUAGUCAUCUAAAAUCGUAAUAUUUGAGUUCAGUUUGUAUCCAUCAAAAUACGAAUUUUGAGAUUUGCGAGCUUUAUUUAUAUAAUACAACACGAUGAUAAUAUUACUCUUUUUUUUAAAGCAGUCCUUACAGUAUUUCCAUGGUAACGCAUUUCUUGACGCAUUUCUAUCACUGUAAAUAUUGUACGAAUCCUCUGUUGUGCCUUAAACGUAUAGCUGCAUUUAGAAUAUAUACGAAUAUAUCUCAUAAUUAUAAUGAUUACUUUAUAAAGUAACUUCGCUUCAAAGCUCAAUUUUUAUCUAUUAUGGAUUAUUUUUUAUUAAUACAGUAUAUAUUUAAGGGUUACAAACGGACUGAUCGACAGAAAAAAUUUCUUUAUUGCCAAAUUUCUCAAGGAGCUAAUUAAGUUCUUUCGACUGAAAUAGAAUAUACUAUUAUAAUGUACGACCGAACCGGCAGACGAAUAAAUUGUUUCCUGUACAAUUAUAAAAUAAAAAAUUCUACAAUCGAAACACGGCUAAGCAAUAAUAAGUGACUUUUUUAAACAAGUGACAAUGCCUGCAAACAUAUCAUCUUAUUGCAUAUAUAAUGAAUUACCGAGCAUUUAACUUUUUAUACAGUCUAAUGCGAUUUUUUAUAUAUAUUUGUACCUAAAUAAUGAAAAGACAACAAUUUAAUUUCUGUACAGACUCGAAUAAAUUAAAACAAACAAAAAAAUUAUCUAUUUUAUAGGAAAUCAUGUACUUGUUUAUUCAAUUUUACCGUGCUCUACGUUGUAACAUUUUACAAACAUGAAAAGUUCGAAUGUGAUCGUCGCUGACUAACCGAACACAACACGCGUUUGUGAUUGCAACUAUUUUUGUAAAAUAUUUGCAUAAGUUAAUAAACAUUUUUACUAAAUCUA